AUGGGAAAUAAGGAUUGUGACAAUAUUGAUGAAGAUGAGUGGUAUGCAGGUUUAGGAGUAGUUCCUUUAUCAUCCGAAAAGACGUCUUCGUCAGCUCCUAUUCAGGGUUCUACAUUGGUAGCUGAUUCUAAUAUGUUUUAUGAGGCUGACCAUAGAAACAAAGAAUUUAUAAAUGAAGAUACGUCAAAAGAUGGAGUUAUAUCUGGAGGAAAAUAUCACGGUAUUGAGGAUGUUCCUAUGUCCGAUAUAAAUUUGGGCCGGGAGUUAGGACACUUAAAUCAUAACCAAAAAGAAGAUAGUACUACUAAUGUCUACCAAGAAAACUCAAUAACGAAUUCAAAACUUGGGCAAUGUUUUGACUUAGCUUCAAGGCCAGGAACAGGUGGAUCUAAAUCUAGAUAUGAAGGAGAAGAGUUUCGGGAUGAAAUUCAAGAAAACGAGAAAGAAAUGGCAGUAACUACAAUUGUAGAAGAGGAAGAAGAAGAAGAGGAGGAUUUAGGAGGAGUAAUACUUGCAGAGGAAGUUAAUAGCAAAAGCUACACGAAUAUUCCAUAUGGUAAAGGGGUCUCAAUAGUUUCAAAAGGCAGUAAGUCUAUAUCAUUUGUAAGAAGGGAUCGGGUAGUCUUUCUUGGGUCUCCUCCAGAAUUACCUGAGAGAGUGAAUCCCGAUCCAAGUACAGGAGGAGCUAUGACACGAGUAGGGUCAAUAGUUGUUAUUUCCAACUUAAUGUGGUGGAUUAAUGAUAUACAUGUACGCGAGUUAGCUGCAGAAUUUGGGGCUAUACGAGCAGUAAGGAUUAUAGAGAGACCUAAAGAUGGAAGAUCUUUAGGGAUUUGUUUAAUUGAAUAUGUUAAUUCAGAUAGUGCUCCAAAGGCUUUGCAAGGUAUCUCAGCAAGUUUUGCAAAUAAAUUUGAGGGCCGUCCAUUAUAUGUGGUCCCUCUACCUCUUCAUGGAGAAUUACAUAUUGCUUUGGAUAAUAUUACUCCACAUUGGAGCAGGGGAGGAGUUAUUACAGAGGAGAUUCUGGCGAUGAUAUGUCAAUUAGUUGGAGUAGAUGUACAAACAGCAGGUCUGGAGAUACAACCAGAGACUGGUACUAUUAUAGGUCUUGUACAACCUAGAUUUGCUGAUUAUGCAUCAUACUAUUUCCCUGACGGUACCCCAUCUUGGUUUCCUCCAUUAUAUGUGGAAGCACUUAAGCACUUGAGGGAUUUAAUUCCUCCAUCUAGACUUCAGAAUAGACCAGCAACAACAACUUCAACAUCUAAACAUUCCUCAUCCAAGGCAAGAUCAAACUACAUUAGUAAUGGUAUAGGCGCAUCUUCAAACUAUGCAAUUAUGGAGAGUGACUCUGACGUAUUAAAUCACUUGGAUGAGGACUUUGGAGGUGGAAAAAAUGGUGAAAUUAAAGAUUCUACAUCAUCUUACAACAACAGCGCUCAUAUUGGUUCUUCAUCGGGAGAUCAUCCAAAUAAGGCAAUAAAGAAAGGCCAUGAUAACUCAGGAUCAAAUUUUAGUGGAAGCCAUGGUAGUAAUAAUAAUCAAAAUAUAGAAGAGAAUUACCAAUAUAUUAGCAGUGGGCGUGGUUCUAAGUCUGCUAAGUAUGACCAAGGUUUAUCUGAUCAUCAUUCAGGAGGACCAGGUGGAGGAGGAAGCAACAAUGAAGAUCUGCUUACAUCACUUAGGGAUGAUGACGACCAUUUUUCCACUACUGGUGGAACAGGAUCAGGAGGUGGACAAAGCAACAGAAGGUUUGCUAGCCAGAGACGAGAUUAUAGAGAAAGAGGAGAUCGUGGUGAAAGAGGAGACCGUGGAGAAAGGGGAGGUGAGCGGGACCGAGACAGAGAUCGUGGAGAAAGAGUAGAUCGGGAUAGGGACAGAGAUCGUGCCGAACGAGAACGAGAUCGAGAUCGGGAUCGGGAUCGGGAUCGUGAUCGUGGAGAAAGAGGAGAUCGUGAUCGAGACAGAGAUCGAGUAGAACGGGGAGAGAGAGAAAGAGAUAGAAAUAGGGAUAGAAAUAGGGAAAAAGGCGAUAGAGAUCGGGCAGAUAAGGGUGAUAUCAAGUCUGAAAGAACAGAAAAGGAGAGGUAUAGGGAAAAGGAUCGUGAGAGAGAGAGGAGCGGAGAUCUUGAGAAGGGUUUAGCAAAUAAGGGAUCAGGAGGAGGAGCAUCGGGGGGUGUGUCUAAUAUAAAAGAAAGUUCUGAGAGAGUAAAUGGAGGAGGCAACCAAAGCAAGAAGCCAUCAGGAGGUACUGGGAAUGUUAUGUUUUUAGAUCACGGAGCAUCUACCAAAUCUUCCUCUAAAAAGCAUAGAUCUUCUAGUGAGAGUUCUAGAAGCAGGAGUCCUCAAAGGAAGUUGUCUUCAAAGCAUGUUAGAAAAGAUUUGAGUAAAUUUUCAUCAAAUUCGACAAAGGAAAAGCCAUGGGAAGGUAGAGGCUCAGGUGGUGGUAGUAGUGGUAAUAGUAAUAGUGGCUCGAGAGGAUCCAAGAACUCUUAUAGAGAGAGUAGAUCAUUAGCAGAGAGAGGAGGAUGGGAGAGGAAAAGUAAUAGAAGAUGA